CAUAUCUUUGACCAGUGAGACUCUCACCAUGUCUGAUCUGAAGGAUGUCACUGACGUGCGGGACCUCAACUGGACCCUCCAACUGAUUUUUAAUGAGGGCAAGUUCAGGCUGCACCUGGCGUUUUACAAGGAUGACGACAAUACUAAGCCUCCAAGCUCCCCCAAGAAGCUUGAACCUAUUCGGAAGGUAAAAACCCACAAGGACAAAGAAGCAGUGAUGGUAAUCCUGCAGAACAGGAAGAAGGCAGCCUCAUCCCGGAUAUUUCUCCUGAAAGCAAGCAAUUUCAACACCUCUAGCGACAACAGGUUGAGACAUAUGGACACAACCUUGAUGGGGGAUGGCUGGCUUGCCAACUGGAACAAGACCUGCCAGGAGUUAUCCAAGAUGUCCAAAGGACAGUGCAAUGAAAAAGAACAGGGAGAUGAGGGUGCUGUUGUCCAUCUUGACAACAGUGAUGAUAGUGACGACAGUGAAGGCAGUGACGACAGUUCCGGAAGUGAGGAGGCAGAGGGUGAGGAUGGAAAGAGCAUCAUGGUUCAAGAGAAAAGUGGUGUCGAGGGAAGGGAGAGCCACAGGGAGCUACAGGGGAGUGGUGAGAGAAAUGAUUUCCAAGAGGAGGUGAAGAAACUGCGGCUUUCUUUGCUGGACAACCCGUACUGUAGCUCGACUUCAGUAGCUUUAAAGGUGUUUGGACUACAGGAUCGUAGCAAGAUGGGUCCCUACUGGCAGGUUUUGAGGCUGGCAAAAUUUGCCCCUCCAGUCUACCAGCUGGUAGAAAAGAUCUUUCACAUACAUCCAGACACCACCAAGUCUAAGUUCAACAGACUCCAUGGCCUUACUAAGGAAGGUUAUAAGGCCUGCCUGGAGAAGUUGGCCAGAGGUGAAAGCUGGGCCACUGUGCUUAAGGAGGCUAAUGCAUCCAGGCCUAAAAAAAAAGGCUGUGCCACAUGUACCAGAAAGACGACCCAACCCAACAAGACGUCUGCAGAGGACAAUUCUGAGUACAUACAGGAUCUAGAGCAAGACAUCAAGACUCUGGGAGAAAGGAAUGAGAAACUGAUGGAGGAUAUUGAGACCUCCCAAAACAAAGAAAGGCAUACCCUGGCUCGGAUGAAUGAGUACGCAGAGAAAGAAGAGGUCCUCCAAAAGGACAUUGCCCAAAAGGACAAACAAAUCAAGGACCAAGAGCGAGUCAUAGCAAAACUGAGAAAGGAGGCUGAAAGCUCAUCUAAAGAAGCAAAAAGCUUGGAGCCUGAGGCCAAAAGGCAGAAAAUUCUAACCACAUGGGACAACAGUGCUAUCGAAGAAGGCCAGGAGGUGGGAGUCAUCUACACUCUACCUAAAGAACAGCUGUUCUACGGAAGGGUGCAAACCAUGAACCUCGAAAAAGUCAAAGUGGCCUUCUAUAAGACCACUAAAAAAUCAAUCUCCACAUCUGUGGUAGAGAGGACUUGGGUAGACCCCAUCUACAUUGUGGACAACCAUGUCCAACUGUCCAAAGAUGGGUCUACCCUGUCCCUCUCAAAGGCUGAGGAAAUGCGUAUCAAAGAAAAAACAAAAAAGUACUGGAAUGCUGCGGAUUAAAGGGACAUAUUGUAAAGAUUUGGCGCCAAAAUUGCAAAUGUUCUAAAUCUCCAUUCAGAUUGACAAUUGUAACUUUGUAAUUUCCAGGUUAUCUGCGUCAUUUCGUCACAUUUCCAGCACUAAUCAACAAAGCCAGAGUAAGCGGCGACCAAAUUCACUUGCUUCCAUGUAGCCUAAUGGAAUAAAGACAGCCGUAGAUUUCCGAAUUAACCGUUGCAGUUGCAGAUCUUCAGAGCUUCGCAGAAACUUCCAACAAACUUCAGUAACAAUUCGAGCGAACUGCCAAACGCGUUCUAAAGUGCACUUUGGUUCAUCGGAGAACUGGAUAAAAUGGCGGACAACUUGAGCGGCGGUGGAAAGUGCGCAUAUUUCAAGACGUCCUCGCGGCACAGUAAAGCAAUGCGUUGUGAAUAUUACUGCGCAGUGUAAUAAGGUAGAUUCAACUCAUAAUGUAGAAAAAUGACCAAAUACACUGACUUUAUUUUUUACAAUAUGUCCCUUUAAAUCAUCAACCCCUCAAAAGGAAAACAUUGUACGAUUGUAGACCUUUAUUACCUGUUAUUUUAAUUGGGUAAAUCGUUGAGCUACAAUUGUAAUCUACACUCUUAGAUGGGGAAAAGCAAGAUGGAUAAAACUUUUCGAUUGGGCGUAACAAGGAUGUCCACUGUUUACUCUCAACUUUUUUCUAAAUUUUUUCUCAGUUCUGCCGAUUGUACAAUCAGUAUUAUAUUUCCAACUCUAGUAAUGUUGACAUAAAGCAAAGCAACACAAGCAAGAAACCUGAUCCUUCUGACAAUCAUCACUCCACUUUGUUGGCUGUGGUACCAAGGUGGUACUGACAAUGCUGGAUCUGAUGUCUUUGAUAUGCCCAAGGAGACAAGCAGCCCAGCUGGAAAACACUGACCAACACCAGUGAUGCAUGCCAUGUAUUCAUGAGUGUUCUCCCAUCUUAACUAGUGGGCGGGACCCAAUCUAUUAUCGUUAAGACGCUAAUUGCUUUUUAAGUAUCCAUUGUUCUAAGCAAGUGAUACUCUCAGAGGGGAGUCCCAACCUUAGGUGUGAAGAAGAGAUCUCUAAAAGGUCGCCAAUGUUGAUGAGGGUGUUCUCUAUUCUGGUGACAGUUCUCUCUCAGGUCUCUACCAGGCGAGUCCUUUGUCACCAGUUCUCAGUUGGCCGCUAGAGUACUCAUAGAGAUUGAUUGCUCUACUAAGGAUGCAUGUCAUCUGCAGAUGACAAGUACACUACUGUACAAUCAACAGGCCAAUCCUGAGGCCAGGUGCUCACCCAACAUUUCCUCCUAGAAACAAUAGUCAAUAGAAGUAGAUUAUACUAAAAAAUUAACUUGAAGAUACUAAGAGUACGCAAUAUAAACAGCAUUUGAUUCUGUUAACUCCUGUCCUUUGACAAUUGGAGCACUAUGGUGGACCACAUGGCAUUGUCUAACAUGUCCCCUGAUACAGGCUACCAUUGUUGGUCCCUUUAACUGAUUAGGAAAAAAGUUUAUUUGCAAUUUUUGUCCUGGGUGUUCCUAGCUCAUGUGACAAAUUUUCAGCCUACUUUUCUUCCCGCUGUUUAGUUUUGAUAAUGUGCUAUACUUCAUGUUAUAGGCAUAAUAGUACAUUUUGGUAACUGUACAUAGUACUAUUUGUAAGCAAGUCAAUGCCCCACUCCUGUCCUGACAAUGUUGCAUCUGCAACACUCCUGUUGUAUCUGGGUCACCCCCUGUGGGGCAUAGAUCCCUCUCCUCACUAGUAACCUAGUCUGUUCUUAGAAUUAUCACCAAUGGAACUUCUCACAUGCACCCCAUGUGAUGCUAACUGUUUUCCUAAUGAUAUGGUUCAUAUUUUGUCAGGACCUACUUAAGAUACAGAUGUUGAUGAACCCAUCAGGCAUGCCAGAAGCAGGCAGCUGACAGCUAUGGGAGGGGUACAGUUACUGUAGAUACAUGAGAAGAGACACAUGUUGCCUCCUUGUCACCACUUAAUUUGUCAUGCCUCAUUAGAGGUGGCACCUAACAGUAUGUGCCUGGCUACUGGGGCUGCUUGCCAGCUGACACUGAAUGAUAAGUCACAUGCAUUAUAUACUAUAGGGAUCUUAGUCCAUCUUACCCAGUGUGUAAUUGCAGAGACUGUGAAGGCUUUCUGCAGAUCAUCAUGCUUUCUUUUGUACCUAAAUUCACUGAUAACAUAGUAACUUUAUGAAAGUGUUCAAUCAAUGCAGUCAUUAUCAUGUUGUAUAAAACAAAAAGGAAAAUUUAACAGAUGCCAGCCUUUGCUUACUCAAAUGUACUUGAAGAUGUUACAACCUUAACUUUAUGUUGACUGUCUUGUUACCUACAUUGUGCCUUACUGACUCUUUAUAUUAAAAUAUCAAGGUAGAA